AUGCUUUUGAAUGCCAUAUCUGUACUUCUCCUCGCAUCAGCUCCUGCACUGGGGAGCAUUGACCGACAACGUAUCGUGUCCAAAUAUAAUGUAGUCCGCUCGAAUCUGAUCACCAACAAGACGACGCCUCUUCAAGUGGGCAAUGGUAGGAGUCCUCGACGCAUAACUUCUGAUACGGUGACUCACAAAGCAAGCAGACAUUUCUCCCAUUCAACACACUGUCCAGCUGGGGCUGGCAUAACGAUUCUCUACCAAGCAAUGGGUAUGGAGAAGAUUGAGGAUUACCGUGGAAUCUCUAUGCUAACGCAUGGACGGAACGUGUCAUACGAUAUCCCCGACCCUGACCUCCCUGAAGUUUCACAAUGGCUCACUGCCAAUCCCAAUCGCAUAAACCUAGGACGCAUAGGAUUACAGUAUAAAGGGUCACUUGUCUCCGCGUCUCAAAUUACAGAGCCACGACAAGAGCUCGACUUAUGGAAAGGAGUCAUUACCUCGACUUUUAAGGUUGACGGCCAAACUGUCAAGGUGGUGACCCAAGGUGACUUCGAUUCGGACUCCGUAGUCUUUGAAAUCGAGUCGAGUCUGGUCGCAUCUGGUGAGUUGGGUGUCGAGCUAGACUUUCCAUAUCCGCCCAUCCAUUCUACGAAGUAUAAAUAUGAAGUGUUCGUUGGUGUCUACGAUUUCCCCCAGAGUCAUACUACUGCUAUUGAGGAGUACAGAGGCAACAUGGCAUAUAUUCGACACGAGCUGCAGGAGACGAAUUACUACCUUAAUCUGCGAUGGGGAUCUGGAAAAUCACUGCGCCUUUCUCGUGAACAUAACGCAACCCACAAGUACACUCUAAAAUCCAAAUCGUCAUCCACUAUGACAUUUACGGCGAACUUUUCGCGAGAGAAGCAAACGGCUGAUUUACCAACCAUGAUCCAGGAGCGUAGUUCCACGGCUUGGAACAAGUACUGGACUCAAGGAGGAUUUGUCGACCUAACAUCCUCCUCUAACCCCAAAGCAGACGAGCUCCAGCGCCGUAUCCUUCUAUCACAAUACCAUGUGCGGGUGAACAGUGCAGCCAAGGGACAGUCACCUCAGGAGAGUGGUCUGAUGAACAAUGGGUGGUACGGGAAGUUUCACAUGGAAAUGGUAGUAUGGCACAACGCGCACUGGGCGACAUGGGGUCGACAGGAACAAUUUGACAACAUCUUCCCAGAAUUAUACAACGCAUUACUACCAUCAUCAAUCGCACGGGCAAAGUCUAUGGGUUGGGAUGGUGCACGGUGGCCAAAGAUGACUGAUGUUGAAACCGGAGUGAGCUCUCCCGGUGGUAUCAACGGUCUUCUAUUGUGGCAACAGCCUCAUCCCAUGUACCUGGCAGCUCUGGCUUAUCAAGCAUCCCCGACACGCAAAACCCUUGAAAGAUGGGACCGCGUUCUGACAGCCACAGCUGAUUACAUGGUCUCUUAUGCCUGGAAGAAUACAAGCUCAGGCUAUUACGAUCUGGGACCACCGGCAUAUGGUGUGACUGAGAACACACCUCCUUCUGAAAGCCUCAAUCUUGCAUAUGAGACCGCCUACUGGAGGUAUGGGCUUGACGUCGCGCGUGAGUGGAAAAAGAAACUUAACCAGCCAGUCCCCGAUAAAUGGACAGUAGUUGCGGAAGGGCUCGCUCCACUCCCGCAAAUUGAUGGUUUGUAUGCUGUUUACGAAGGACUGAACAGUUCAUGGUGGAAUGAUAGCUCUCUAACAGGGGACCCUCGGAGCCUGAUCAUGCUUCAAGGCAUCCUCCCUAACACGCCAGCAGUUGACCCGGAUGUUGCUUCGAACACAGCAGAGAAGGUAGGGGAAGUGUGGACCGACGACAAGAUUAGAGGAUGGGGUAGACCGGUACUUGCAAUCAAUGCGGCACGGCUGGGAGAUCGCGAGCGAGCGAUAUACCACCUGACCGCAUAUGAUUAUUGGAAUUUUGAUGAUGCUGGGUUUGCCGAGCGUGGAGGAGAUGUGGCAUACAUGGCUGCCGGCUGGGAAGGAUCUCAGGGCGACGCUCCCGGCUUUCCUCAGGACGGUAGUUGGGGAACUAAGAUUAAGCUAGCUAUUUACCCGAGCAAUGGAUAA